AUGGACGGUCUCACUCUUCGUCCCAUGAACGGUCUCGUCCCUCAACUGACGAAUACUCUGGCUCCUCAGACCCCAGACAAUCUCGCUCUUCAACCCACAAACAAUCUCGCUUUCCAAAUCACGGACGACCCUGCUCCCCGUCCCGUUGACGAUCCUAACGCCGCAGAUGAGCCUGAUGCGGUCGAAGACCCGGCCAUCAAAGAAGCGUUAAGUGUAAUUCUCGCACAGGAAGAAGCCGAGAGGGAGGUAAGACGAGAGGCGACCUCGAUGCUUGAAGCUCUCAUCACGCGUACCGCCGUGGCCGCGCGUGAUGCGUCCUGCUGGACUGAGUACACUCUUGGUGUCCGCGUCUGGGAUGCUCUCAACACGUGCCUCACCGAGUCGCGAGAGCAGAUCCAGUAUGGUUAUUUCUGCCGCUCGGAGACCUUCGUUCAUCAAAUACCCUCUCUGGCUCACGAGCUCUUGAGACGAUCCCUUGCACGGAACAUCCUCCAAAAGUUGAUAAGAUUGUGCUCGGAAAUCGGAGGAGAAGCAGAAGAAUUUGGGGCCAGGAUUGUGCAUGCCGCCCCCCCUGGCUCGAAAGCAGCCUCCAACUCGAGCCGUGAUCUACACCAACCGGAUAUCUUUUUCUCACACGCCAACCUACCAAGGUGUGGUCUCCCUGUCGAAAUCGCCUAUUCGCAGAAGCGGAACAGACUCCAAGAGCUGGCUGAGUUCCACAUCCUCAAAAGCAACCGGCAAGCCCGAUUGUUGAUCGCCGUUGACUACGACCACAAUCGCACAUCCAAAGUUACACUGUGCACAUGGAGACGAGACUACACUGACCCCGCCGGAUUACGGCUUGGAUGCCGGGUUCAAGAGCUCCGCACAGAAAACGGCACACUGGUUCCGGGACCGCCCUUGCAAAUCACCGUGCUCGACUUUGCACGCCAGGAACUCGUUCCGCCAUUCCUACACAGUCGGAACAUCGAGCUAUCGGUGGAAGAACUUGGUUCCAUUCUUCAACAAGCCGAUUCCCUGGAAGAGAGGAUUGAGGAGGAUCCUAAUGCCGAUACCGAGGGUUCUCCGGGUUUUACACCAGAUGACGCAGACGAGGCCGUGUCGGUGCCAGAGAAUGAAGAGUGGCCUGUCGAUAGACCAGGAUUGAUGCCGUUCCCAGGGUAA